AUGAAGCUCGGCUAUAUAUUGUAUUUUUGUCUCUCUGCUGGGCUCGCGGCUACUCAAUCAACCUCAAGAUUGAGGAGCAGUUCGUUCGGGCUAGCAGGUCAGAACCAGACCUUCGACUAUGUCAUCGUGGGAGGUGGUCUGACUGGCCUAGUAACGGCUAUGCGACUCUCGGAAAGUGGGAAGUACUCUGUCGCAGUAAUCGAAGCUGGUGGAUUUUACGAGGUGGAUGCAGGGAACACAUCUGUCAUACCGGCCUACGAAUCGGAUUAUCUUGAGAGCCCUCCGACAAUCGACUGGAAGAUAUAUACUACAAACCAGGCGCAACUUGGGGGCCGUUCAAUCCUCUACAGCCAAGGCAAGACAUUUGGCGGAGGAACUGCCCGGAAUGGCAUGGCGUACCAUCGCAGCACCAAGGGAGCCUAUCAGACAUGGGCAGACCAAGUAGAUGAUCCAAGCUUUACCUUCGAUAAUCUUCUGCCAUAUUUUAUGAAGAGUAUCAAUUUCACAGCUCCCAAUUUGACUCUGCGUGGUGGCCCGCAGGUGUCGUAUGACCCAAAGCCUUUUAGCUCAUCCGGCGGCCCCCUUCGCGUUUCAUUUUGGAACUAUUUCAUUCCUGCCUCGGAUAUAAUUGCAAAGGGAUUGCGAAAGUUGGGCUUCAAGGAAACAAGUCAGAUCCAAAGCGGUAGCCUUUUGGGAUUCGCCCAGUACCCUGCAACGUUGACGCCAGAUACCCAGGUGCGGGACUCAGCUGAGACAUCGUUCCUAGUUGCAGCCAUCGAAACCGAUAGCAACUCAAAUCUGCAAUUGUAUCCAAAUACCCUGGCCCAGCAGAUAUUAUUUGAUUCAAAUAAAACCGCCGUGGGUGUUCUCGUGGAGACGACUGGAUGGAGAUAUGAGUUAUCAGCCCGGAAGGAGGUGAUCCUCGCCGCGGGUGUAUUUCACACACCACAAUUGCUGAUGGUUUCUGGGGUUGGGCCGAGUGAAACUCUGCAGAGGUUGAAUAUUUCGGUAGUUAGUGCCCUCGAAGGGGUCGGACAAAACAUGAUGGAUAACCCUGGCUAUGGUACCCUCCAACCCAUCAAUGCAACCUCGCAGCAUCGUUUAUGGAACAAUGCGACAUAUGCAGCAGAAGCAUAUCUGGAGUUUUAUAAUUCUAGAUCGGGGCCCUUGACGGCGUUUGGCAGCAACUAUAUCCUCUGGGAGAAAUUUCCCAAUAGUAGCUUUCUGGAUAUCAGCGCCGAUACUCGGAAAUACCUCUCGACCUACCCUUCUGAUUGGCCCGACGUCGAAUACAUCUUCAAUGUCGCAGGUGCAGCCACUAACACAUCUGGUGACUAUCUCUCUGUCGGAGUCGUUGUUCUCAAGGCAUCCUCUAGAGGGAGUGUGACAAUUAACACAACCGACAUGGCUGAUUACCCCUUGGUCGAUGUCAAUUGGUUUAGCACCAAAGGUGACCAAGAAUUGGGGGUUGCAGGACUUCGUCGCGCACGUCAGUUUGUCAGCGCAUCCAACAUUAAUGCUGAACUGGAAGAAGCCCCUGGUUCUUCGGUACAAACUGAUGAGCAGAUAUUGAAUUGGAUUAAGAGUGUUGCAAGUCCAUCACAUCACGCUGUUGGUACAUGCUCAAUGGGCUCUUCAAAGGCAAAAGACGCAGUCGUUGACUCGAAGGGUCUGGUUCGGGGCAGUAUACAACGGCUUCGUAUCGUUGACGCCAGUAUCAUGCCGAUUCUAACGCCAGGUCAGCCUAUGGGAACACUCUAUGGCCUCGCAGAGAAACUUGCGGAUGACAUUUUAAGCUCUGCUUGA